UUUCAUCUUAUUUCGUCUAUGGUUUGAACGAAAAUUGAAGAUUGAUGUAAAGUAAAUAUGACUCUAUAAAAAUCCAUUGGUGGAUAAAUUGUUGGUAAAUGUAUAUAUAAAUGCAUUGAAAAAUUCUGUAACCUGUGUCGUUAUUAAAAUUUGGACUUGACCUUACGGUGUGGCAAAGUAAAUGCCAUUGGUGCAGGAAAUGUGCGUUAGUAAAGGUUUUUCUAUUUUAUGUUGCAACUCGUAAAGGAUACUAGUAUAAUUACCACAUGUGGCUCAGGAGAAAUUGACUGAUUGAUUUGUGAUGAUGAGUUCAACUAGAUUUAUUCGCGGCAUGAAAAGCCGUUACUUUUUGUACAUAAGUGGUAUUUCAUUAAUUGGAGUUGUGAUCUACUUGUACCGUGGAGUUCAGAUUCACUUGGAGGAUGUUCGCAGAACAUCUGAAAAAUGUCAGCAGCAGCAGGAAUCUCUAUCGGCACAGUUGCAGGUGGUGUUUGAGUACAAACUACGUCUUGAAAAAUCUCUUCAUCAAGAAAAGUCUGAACAUAUGCAGACCAAACAAGAACUGCAAAAGAAGUUUGAAGAAGAAAAACAGCUGAGGGAAAGAGAAAACUUAGAGAGUUCGAACAAGUACUCAGCACUUCUGCAGCAGCAUAAACUACUGAAGAGCCAACACGAAGAUUUGAACGAUGAGUGCUCCAAAGUGCGGGCAAGUCAGUUGCAAAGUUUGGAGGAGAUAAGCAAACUGGAAUCUCAGCUGCAGGCUGUGCAGUCAGAGCUUAGGCAAUUCCAGGCAGUCAAAGAAAAAGAUGUUGAGUCACUUAAGACCCAGUAUAUGGAUUUGGAAAUGGAGAAUAAAAGACUGAUUAAAAAGUACAAUGUAAUGGCUGAGGAACUACCCCAAACUAAUUCUAAGCUUGCGCUCCUUCAGAAAGAGAACGCCCAGCUUCGUGCAGAACAUGAUCAGUUGAAGAGGCAACUUGAAGAGUGCCGUAGCAAGUGUGAGGCAGACGCAAAUGCUGCCUUGUUGAGAAAGAGCGAAUCAGAAAAUGUUCUCCCUCAGCCGGGGGCUGUGAAAGCCUCUGAGUUGAAAGGCCAGAGUUCAUCAUCGCCAGUUGUGCCCAAUCAGCAGCAGCAAGAUAAUGUUCUUCAACUACCAGACAGCCACCCCGCUGCUGAUAAGUUAACGUCCAAGUCCACCACGCCGGAGAUAAACCCGGAUGCCAUCCUGAGCCAGGAGAGGGCCGGAGUGAAUGCGGGCGGGGGCAACGUGGUUCCCGUGCCGCCGCCACAGGACGAUGUGGAGCCCGCGGCUGCUGCACAAGACGAGGCGGACCAGCAAGUCAAGGAGGAGGAGAAGAAGGGAGUGGAGGGGGAGGGCGUGGGACCAGCCCCGGAGCGCAGUAACGUGCCACAGCACAUCCCCCAACAGCCCCCAUACGUCGCGAACCAUGUGUGGCAGAACGUUCCCCCCGGAGUGGUUCCUGUGCCGUACAACAACUACAAUGGAGUUCAGGACGCGGGACCACACGGCUACGACAGCGUGCGAGAGCACGGCCAUCUGCAGGGCCACAUGCCAGUCCUGGCGCACGGACAGCAGCAACAGCAAUGGCAGCAGCGCUUCCCAGGGUACAGAUAACUGCACGGCUGACACUGCACCCUUGUAGCACCACCUUGCAUGUUUAGUCCUUCCCCUUGGUUUGUGACUGGCAACUACUGUUGUACAUAUAUGUACGUAACAUUGAAGAUUAUCGAGAAAGGAUGGAUAUGUCCUCAUUUUCACCACACUCUAGAUCUAGUGAUUUCUUCAUGUGUGGAAUCACCAAAUUGUGGUGCAAUGUACUUAUCUCUUUAAUGCCACUGUAUUUGUGGCUAUUCCCCAACUUUUGUUUCACUCUCCAAACAAGCCCAAAGAAUCUAUAUUAAAUAGUUUUGAUUUAGCUUCAAUACAUCUGUCGUUGCUUCAUCUUCCUCCAUUGCCUCCGUUUCUUUGACCUAAUUGUGUUGCGUGUCUUCUCUGCAUUCAGGAAUGAUCAACUUGAUACAGUCAUUGCCAAUGUGUACAAUUUUUAGGUCAGUAUACAGUAAAAAAUCUUAUUCCUUUAAUGCCCCUAUCCCUGUUUCUAAUUUCUCACUCACCUUGCUUUUGUGUUUUUGUUUGCAAUGUUUGUCAUUUUACCCACUUUUCAAUCUCGUGACUGUGGCUGCCCUGAGUGGGUGUGCACUGUAAUGUAUUGUGUUAGUUUGAGGAAGCUAAAGGGAUUUUGUUUGCACUCAGUAUCUACUGUAGUGGUUCAUAGUGCACUGUAUCAUGGGAGAGGUUCUGUUGCAUUGGGUUUGUUUUCUUCAUAAUUACAUAGUUGUGUGAUGUAAAAACCCUACUUUAAAAUCUUUCUUGUCUUGAAUGCUAGAAAGGGAAACUUGAAACUGUUUCUGUAAGAUGUUAUUAUUUCUAAAAAUUUGCAUGUUGUAGUAGUAAUUUAAAUAUACAUAUUAUAUAAAUAUACAGCAAAAAAUUAAAUACACUCAUUUAUAAGCACUUUGACAUAUAUUCUGCCUGAAUUAGUUGAAAAUGCUGUUUAUUGUUAAAAAAUAUAUUGUUCCAUUUAGUUUCUAAAUAUAAAUUCUUAGGAUUUAAAGCUGUGUGUGUUGAAUAAGUAAAGUAUUUAUCCUAACGUAAUACAAUUAAUUUUUACUACAACUGCUGAAACUAAAAGUGAGGGUCGUAUUAUAAUCGCAAACUCGUAUCUUAUCACUAGAAGAAUGUGAUUUAACAGAGCUACUAACAGAGUGCAGUGAUGGGACCAUCUUAGUUGAGAAACUACAUGCUGUACCUGUAAAGUGCACACUCAUACAUUUUUUUUAAACUGCUCUUGUGUAAUUCCUGAACCCUAGCAUGAGGUGACAGCUGAGAUAACAGAUAAGUAUGGCCUGGGAGGGGGAGGGAGAGAAGAGAGAGAGGAAGAGAGAGAGGAAGAGAGAGAGGGAGAUUGGGAAAGAGAGGGGGGAGAGGGAGACAGAAUGAAGAGGGGAGUGAAAGAAUAAGAGGAAGGGAGAGAGGAGAGGGGUUAGAGAGAGUGGGAGAGAGAAAGGGAUGUGGGUGAAAUUAGAAGAGAGAAGGAUAGUGGUGGGUAAGAGGGAGAGAUAAUGCAGUUGGUUGCAGUAAGCUGAAUUGCCUUCCUAUGCUCUUUCCAAUGGUUGCUAGCAAAGGCAGCCCCUCCCCUCAUCCAUCCUUUCAGGAAAAUUGCUGCAUUAUUUUCUCUCUGAACAAUGGCUUUUGAACUGUUGCCUUAAAACUUUGCUAUCGAAGUGAAGUCAUAAGACUAAAAAUUUUUCUUAUAACUUAAAAUGUUUUUGGUAGAAUUAUAUUCAGUCACAUUAUUUUUGGCUGAUUAUUAUAAUUAUGUUACUGUUUGUUUUAUAAAUGUAUGGGGAUAUUUUAGAAUGCUGUGCAAUAGUUUAAAAUAAUUUUCAGUAGGGGGAAAAUAAUGCUAUUUGAAUGUGCAUAGUAGAAGUUCUGAAUUACAUAUUUCUGCAUUGUUAAAACUAACAUCACUAAAAUAGCUUUCUGUUUAGUAAGUGCAUAUUUUAUUAACAAAGUUUCAUAGUUAUUACAAAUAAUUAAAAGUAAAAUAUAUCCCAAUAAAAUUAUUUUACUUGUAUUGGUGUAUGUGAGUGAAUUGUACUAACAUGGCACUGCAAUUUGAUGCAUGUGAUGGGUAUUAGUCUGCAGAAAUUUGCACAACAUUUAUCAUACCAAUAAAUUUGCAAACAGAAUAAAGACUGUUGCUUGGAAAACAGAAGAUGCUAUUUAUUCUGCCUAGAAUAUUUACACUCUAAAAAAUGAUUCAGAAUUUUUUAUGUUAAGUUUUGGUAUUACAUAGUUUUACUUUUUUUUAAAAAAAAAAGAUACUGUAUAAAAAUUACCAGCAUUUUAUGUAUUUAAUGGAACUAGCCAUUGCAUUUCAUAAGAAAACCAUUUAACAGUGUUUGUUUGAUAAUCCAUUGAUAUAUUCACCCCUUUACACUUAUUUAGAGUUUGUUAUCUCGCUCAGAUUGUCUGGUAGUUCCAGUGCCAGCAUUGUUUACGACAUCUCUUCUUGGCCCUCUCCUGCUGAGGGACUUUUGUUCCAAUCCAACUCCAAAAAAGAAUCUUAAAAAAUAUUUCUAGUGAGACUUCAUCUGGAUUUUCACUCUGUGAAACCAUAAUAUUUUUCCUCCGAUCCAGGUGACGUACAGAAACUAUUGUUUCAUUUAUACCAGAAAGCCCAGCACGUACAUACUCAGGGUUUACUUUGAUUAACUACAAUUUAUCUACAAGCAGCGUUGGAAAAAAAAACCAAUCAACCUGUUUUUUUUUGUUUAGACCAGGUUUUUUAAUUACAUUAGAUAUUUUAGUUCUCAGCAUGUUCAAAUGAAAGCCAUACAACAUCCUGCUUUCUGCAGUCAUGUUGAACCAGAUAAGUUAUUUCAUCAAAGAACUGAAGACCAUCUGCACAUCUGACUGGAACUUAACCACAGAAACGGUAUUUCCCCACAGGAGGAGGAUUCUCCAUGGAAUGGGUGUUUCCCACAGAAAGGGGAUUUAUAGUACAGUCAGGGAUUUCCCACAAAAUAGUAUUUUUUAUUAAAUAAUAAAUUUUUUUAUUUCCUCUUUUUUUUUUUACACUUUUGACUACAAUUUACUAAUUAAUUUUAAUUUUAGAGGAGUAUUUAGCUAGAUAAAAUUUACAACUUAUUCAGCUAAUUUAAAUAAGAUCUUGAUUAGUAUAAAAUUAUUCGUUCCAAUAUCACAAGAAACAUUAAUGAGCAAACUAUUGUUAUUAGAGUGGAAUUAGACUUUAAAUUAAAAUUUAUUAAGAUAUUCUAUUUAAAAAUAUAUAUUUAAAUAGAACCACUCAAUUUAAACCAUUGUGAUUUAAAUCAGCCAACCCUGUAUACAAGAGAAUAAUAUUUUCUGUGCCUGACUUGUCACUUCAUUAGCACAGUGUACCAGGUGAAGUUUACCAUGUAGGGUUUGAUGUUCCACUGAUGCUAGUUGAACAUGCGCUCAUGAGGAGUAGCAUUUGUAGAGUCACUAGUAGAGAGUGAAUCAAGUGUAAUGCAUCCGGCAAGACAAAUCUCCAUUGAGAUGUUUUCAACCGUCCUGACUUCAGAGAUAGCAUUACCACAUUCCUUAAUGCAAUUGUUCCUUUCAAUUUAACCAUUGACCUUGAAGAUAGUCACCAGACAUGUGGCUGGUAGCAGUGCCUUGUGAAUUUAGAAAUGUUUUAAAUUCUUACAAUACAAAUGGUGGACUUUGGUCGGAAUGUAUGUAUGCUGGCAUGCCAAAAUAGAGAAAAGUUGACUCAAGUAUUUCAUUAUAGGAGAUUUAGUCAUGUCACUUCAUGGGAAAGCCAUUGAAAAUCUACAGUACUCAUAGACAGUGGUUAGGGCAUAGUGAUUAUUAGAUGUUGAAGGUAGAAGCCCUUUAAUGCCAAUGUUAAACCUUUCAAAGGAGCUGGUUGCCUUUAUAGUUUUGCCAGAAUGUGGGCUUCAAUCCUGCACAAACUGGGCAUGAUGAAGUCAUUUAGCAAAUGUCUUCUUAAAGCAUGGUAAGUUAUGACACCUUAAAAAUGAGUCAUGUGUGAUAUACCAGGGUGGUCCAAUGAAUUGUGAAGGUUUAUUAAAGUAUUGCAAUCAGCUAAAGACCCAUAGAUCCUAGAAACAGCAUUUGCAUCAGCAUUAUUCUUUCCAUGACUAUAGAUAAUGUCAUUAACUGAAACAUGACUACUCAAUGCACCAUCUCAUAGUUUUAUAAUUUUUAAUUUAGCUUGGCAGAUACUAACUCAAUGAUACAUUUAUUUAACGGAUCCAAUAACGAAUACAAAAGUGAUUUGAUAUUUUAUGUAAAUAAUUACACUUUGCAUCACAAGAAAUGGCAAAAUUUGUAAGUUUUUAAGUUGAUAAAAGAGCUUCCACAACAGCAUGUGUGAUAAUUUUUUUACUUGUUAGUGUUUCUGUUUCCCUUUUGAUAGGGUUCUUGAAUGUCUCAUGUAACAUGUCUCUUUCCUGACAGAUGGAAUAGAUGAUGGUAUACAUUAUUAUCAACUUUUCAAGUGGAGUGUUGUCAUCUAUCACAGGCACUAUAGCAUUGAAAAUUUCCACUUUCAGAGCAUUAAAAGCAUCUAGUGCUCCCUUGGGGCUAGGAAAGAUUGCAGUGUGUUAGUGACAGUAUUUUUUCAUAAAAUCUUGGGCUCCAUUUUUGAGUAGUGAGCAAACUUACCCACUACCAUGCCCAAAGAUCCAUGAGGGGCUAGUGUCUCAGGGUCAGGUUCUAUUGUGUAGGUACGUACAAGAUUACACGGUAAAUUACGAUAAAACUGAAAUAACGCCCAAAAGAAUGUCAAUACACCAUAUAACAACUCAAAUCACAAAAAUGUAAUAUUUAAUAUAUUUAAUUCAAUGAAUGUAAUGUAUUCAGCAUGAAUUUUUUACAAAAAUGUAUGUACUAAGUUAUUGGAAAAAUUAUUUUACACUUUUUUGAUCUCAUAACAUUUAUUAGUACGUAACUCAUUUUAACAUUAUAACAUUGGUACAUUCUUCAAACAAGUACUUGCAGAUUUAUUUUUUUUGUUCUGAGUGCAUCAUAUAUCAGUCAAAAUUAAAUAAGUAUCAUAAAACAUUUAUGUGUUAUAUAAUGUGUUUAAUGCUAUUCUAUCAUUAUGAUUAAACCAAAUUCAUAAAAAAUAAAAACAGUAACACAGAAAUCUCCUAUUUUUAAAACGUAAUUGGCCUAAAAAUAAAACCAUAUAAUUUUAUCUCUACCAAUAGGUUUGAUUACUUAAACAGAAUAUUAACAUUUUCCUUCAUUUAAUGUGAGGUUAUACCUGCAAGCAGCUUCCAGAAAUCUUUGCAAGGUUCCAUCAUAUUUGUUUUCAUCUCUGCCGCACGCAGUACUUGUCGACAGAAGCAAAAGUAUCAUCUUGAUUUUCUCUGCUGAAUAAUACUGUCAGUAAUACUUGUAAAGGUAACUACGCCAUUGUUUUAACCAAAAGGAAUCCUUCAAAACUGACUAGUGUUAUAAGCUUCAAAGGCUGUUAAGGGCUUGUCAUCUUUAUUGAUGGCAGUCAGAUGAUACAUACUAUGCAGGUCAAGAAUGUUAACAUAUUAAUUUUUCAACUUUGCAACUUUGCUAACUACAUUAUUGCCUUUUCAAGGCAGUGAAGCAUCAAAGAUUGUGAAGAAUUUAACUCUCUGUGAAUUGUCAGGGGCCAUCUGUUUCUUGUGAUUGUUGCUAGAGGUCACUACAAUCUGUACAAGCCAUGGUGACUGUCGAUUUCAAGACAUUAAUUUAAACACAUUGUAAACAUGCAAAAAACUUCUCAAAAAGAAUAAAUAGCUGUUAUUUAAAUCAUACCAGAUAACAUAAUCAACACACAUUUUCUUACGUUAAGAUUAUUAUUUUCAUGUACAUAUUUUGCUUCAGUUUUUGUGCUCAUUGAUUCAAUACUGAAACAGUUAAAAAGUUUCCCUUUCUCAUUCUUGCAUUGAUUAGCACAAUUUUUUCUGUAGUUCCUAAAAAGAAAGUGAAGAUAAAAAAUAUUUUUUAGUAGUUUAAUUUUGUAAUAAAGUUUAUGUAUUAUCGAUUUGUUUACAUUAAUUUUUUUACUGGGGCAAUUAUUUUUAUACUGUUUUUCUUUAUGUGUAUACUCUAUUAGAAAUAAUUCUAUUGAUUUUUUUUUUAAGCAUAUAUUAUUCAAUUAAUUGUGGAGCAAUAUAUUAUGUAAACUUUGCAUGAUUUCCCAUAAAUGCUUUAUUCGGAUUCCAACACAAGACUGAUCAAAGUUUGUGGGUGCUCCAUUUAACUGUGCCACUGAGGUCUGCUAUUAGCAUUGUAAUUAUCAGAUACUGCUAGUAAUUUUUUUUUUAUUUUAAGCAGGAAUCUUUAUAAAUUUUUAUUGAUGAUUAUUGAUUAAGUUGCAUGAAAAAAUUGUUCAUAUUCCCACCUCAUUAAAGAUCACCAGUUAGAGUGAAUAUAGAGGUAGACUUCUGACUAGGCUUUGCAGUAGUGAAACUUUGUGGUCAACUAUGGUGCCUACAAACCUGUGACAUAUUUGCUUGAUCAGAAGGCCACUUUAGAUUGAUGAAGGUUUUCUCAGUAUUGAAUACUUAAUUUCCAUGAGUAAAUAAGAUUAUAUAUAAGUUCAUAAACAUAUUGUACAUUAAUUUGGCAUGUAUAAAUGGCUGUUUUGAGCUCAAAUUUGCAAUUUUGUCCAAAUAAAUAUUAUGACCCUGAUGUUUGGUGUAUAUUCAGCGCAAAAGGAUACAUAAUUUGGAAAACUCAAGAUGUGGUGUGCUUUGGCUAACAUUAUGUGUAUCAUAUCUGCAAGCAUUCCAAUUAAUAACUACAGUCAAAGAUAAGAACUAGGUAUGAUUUUUUUGUGGAGUUUUUCUCUGUUUAUUUUUGAAUUCACAUUUUGUUGAAAUGAAAAUGUAUUGCAUAAAAAAGUAGGCAUAAUUUAUACAUAGAAAAUUAUUUAAGCUGAGAUUUGCUUAUGAAGCAAGAUUAAAUAUAUUUUUUUUAACAUCCUACGCUUUUAGAAUCAUGUAUGCAUUAUAAAAUGCAUGUUAACCAUUGUUGUUAAAUAAAAACAGUUAAUUUUCUCAAAUUUUCUUUAGUAUCUUUUUUUUUUUUUACCUUUAGUGCCACAAGGAUCUCCUACUUUAAAACAUAUAGUGAUCAACAUUUUGUUCAUUCCUAACCUCUUAUCACUUGUACUUAGCGCAGUGCGUGAUUGUGUAAUAUGCAUUUGUGUUUCGUAGAAAACGUAGCUUAAGACACAUCCCCUUUUUAGCUCAAAUAUGACAUAAAACAUAAAAAGGUAUGUCUUAGAAUCGACUAAAUUCGGUACCGUGACUUCCCACACUAGGGCUAAGAUUUUGCCACUGCCGGUGAAGGAAAUAAAACCAAUGAGUUUUGUAUGUAGUGACAUGUAUAUCUGAACAAAGCACAGUCUCGAAAAAUUCCCUCUGUAUUCACUCUAUGGGUCAACAUGAAUCGGAUGAGUUUGGUGGCAAUGCUUAUGCUGAAUUACUAAUUUUUCUUUUUAACUAUAGUUGUAACUCUACAUUUCAUGAUGUUUUCUAGUCUUCAAUUUUAUUUUUUUCCAUUUAUAAUAAUUAACAGCACAGUUUAAAGAAAGCAGACACUCUCAAAACUUUAAAUUGUAAGAUGUCUUAAUUCCUUUCUUAAUUAUUGUGAUAAUGUAAUUAUAUACACUGUAAUGUGUAAUGUGAUAUGACUUAUUAAUUAAAAGAGUAAGAAGAAGAAGAAAAUGUUUUCUCAUAGGUAUAUUUCAGUGAGGAUGUCAUUAGGAAUGUAACUUUAUAUACAGUUUGUGUGUUUGUUUAAUAUUAGUAUAUGUUUGCCUCAAAAUAGUUUUAGUUUUAGCCACAAGCUAUAAAAAAGAUUUAUAUUUGGUGUAGAGGGCAGGGAUUUCAUUGGUUGCAAUUUGCAUGACUAAUAAUAAAUGUCAAUAUUUGCAAAGAAAUAUUGUGUACUUGGAUACCUAACUGUAUUUGUUUAUUUUUGGUGCUAGUAAAUUUUUUGGAAAUGUUUUUAUUUUGAUACUAACAUUUAGUAAUUUUUAAGGGCACAAUUUUUUUUUAACAUUUAGUUUGAGUGUUUUUUUUAUAGUUUGUGUUGAAUAGGUAUAGUUAAAUAAUAAUGUAUGUUGUCCAUUAUUUCAUAAAAUCAAGUAUAUAUCUUAACGGUUCAUUGUAAUGAUUAUAAGAUAAAUUUAUUGCCAUUUAGAACAAAUUAUUUAUCCAUGCAUUUUUGAAAGAAAAAAAUUAAAUAUUUUUAUAUUACUUUGCAUUUAUUUUUAUUUUGAAAUCUACUUAACUAAACCUGCACUGUGGAUUAUCUUUGUUCAGAAAGUGUACUUUGUGACUAUCUUUGUGUUAUAGUUUUAUAAACAGAAAAUUUAAAGGCUUGCCAUGCACUAAACUUACAUAUGUGCCAUUUUACAAAGCCAUGUUUGCAGUAAAAUGAGUUAUCACAUCAAAUGCACACUACUUUUUAGAAGGUCUCUUCUCCAUCUAAAUUUUUCUCUCUUGCUAUCACCUUCCAUUGGAAGAGUAUGUGCUCAGUUAUUCUACUACUGUUCUCAAGAGGCAUUGCUAUAUGUUAUCGCGUGAUUCAUUCUUCUGCGAGUCGAACAGUCGCACAUAGGCAUUAUGAAAAAAUUCAAUUAAAGGUAGAGUCUAACCUCAAUAAUAUUGUUACGAGGAUACUAGAGGCGAGGCAACGAGGCAGGUCAGUCAGCCUGGCAUGUCGGCCAGCCGGGGGUCUAGGGGAGGCCCCACCUUCCGGACAGGUAGCACCCGUCACCCCGCUUCGUGGUAAUCCGAUUAGAACGGCCCCUGUCUGUCCGCUUCAAGGAUCUGGGACACUUCCACAGCCUCGUCUGCGUGAAGUGAUGUAACUAGGAUGCCAUUGUUCUCGGCGCUUUAAGUAUUACAUUGGGGAUUCUGAUGACGUGACACUUCGGUGGGCUACGAGACCUUUCCAAAGCAGGGAGCUUCUCAGGUAAGACAACACCCACCUCUGGCGAGAGAGUGACGGAGGCUGAUGGUGAAACUGGCGAGCGAAUGCGAGACUGGUGAAGUGAAGAGAGCGAGUGACCCCUUGGUGAGUGAUAGUGGGCGACAAUCGACAGGCUUCGUGUGCGAAGAUCGGAGCAUCGGGGACCGGUGUAUCUGGUGCGGUUUUGUAUGCGUGGUGAAUGAGCAAACAGUGCGAGGCAGUGUGUUGGGACAGAAGUGCGCGGUAAGAUAUGAGCAGUAGAGAGAGCCACACCCGAGCCAAGCUCCAAUGUGGAGGGUAAAAUGUGGGCUUGCGAAGGAGUAAUUAAUUUGGGGACAGAAGUUUAGAUUGUUAAAAUUUAAUUAAUAGUGGUAUUAAUCUGUAAAUAAAACUGUAGCUAAUUAAUUGAGCUAUCGUUAUGAAACCUGUUUUCCGACUUGUAACAAUACAAACCUGAAGGGACCUUCAUUUAGUCACUUUGCAAUAACAAGGUUUGUAUUAACCAAAUCAUUACAAUAUAAAAUCACAGAUUUUAUAUCAUUUCUAAAUUAAAAUAAAAUAAAGUUAAAGAAACAUUUUUUCUUCUUUAGGUCAUAAAUAAAACCCUAAAAAUCAUAAUAUGCUCCAAGGGAAUAAAAAUUUUUUUGCUUUACUUCUUUUUAAAAUGAUUUAAAUUUUAAGAAUAACGGAAAGGUUUUGUAACUACUUUCAAAAGGACAUUAUUUUGGAAUAAAUUAUAAAUUUAAGUUUUUUCCACCCUCUACCAUAGAAAUGGCAUCAGUAUUAUUGUAGUUCAAAUUUCAAUUUGUUUCUUUACAUUAUCAUGGGGUAUUUGUAUUAACCAUCUAUUACUACAUGUAAUUGUUUACCAAAAAACAAAAACAAAUUUGUAUUACAUAAUUAUACUUUUGAAUUAAACAAAUUACUUAGCACUGUAACUCUUAUGUAAGUUCUAGUGACUGUGAAAACACUUUGUACUAAAGGGUUUUUAUUAAUGAAGUUCAGUGUAAUUGUGUUAAGAAGGUAAAAAAUUGCAUUUUUUAUCAUCUUAGAGUUGCUGUAUAUGUAGAAAAUAUGCGUGAAUAUUGAUUCUGUCUCAAUAGGGCCUUGCAUAUCCUUCACAUACAUGUCGAUAGUGUGUGCCUGGGCGCCACCGUGUGUUUAUGGGGCAUAUCGACUCGGCGGAGACUCUUUAACAGGCUCGUGACGCCGCCCGCUUGUGGCCGAGACUUGAACUGCCCUGCUUAAACCUCCUCAACCCUUCCAGACCUGGUCUGCUCUGAGCGUCACACACUUACUCGAAGAGUAUGCUCUUAGAGGGGCAUUUCACAAGCCUGAUACCAGAAGUCGAUGUGUGAUAAAGAACUGAACACAUCUCACUAUUAACAUGAUUUAUUGGCAUCAUUACUUGCACGCAGCUUACAUAUAUUUUUCUAUAUAACUGUAAAAAUGCCUUACAGCAUGAAUUGAUAUAUGUAGUCAUGCUCGGUCACCCUAGUGGCUGACAAGUUCCUCACGUGCUAGUUUCAGAAACUCUUAAAAAAUUUAUAGUGAUUAUUUAAGCAGUCUGCCUCCUAAGGCAGGCCCUGAGUAUAAUAACAAAACAAUUAAAAACCUUUAAGUGAAAUAACAGAAGUAACUGAUAAGUGAUGGCAAGCAAUGAAGUCCCCGUGAUGCAAAUGCUUCCUACUUCGGGUGGUGAUGUUUGAAGACUGGGCCGGAUAUCAAAAAAUAGAAACAGAGCCCCGGGAAGUUAAAGAAAACAAAUUACAAUGUUAUAUUUUGGCGUGUUUAUGGGAACGUUGCACUGCUCCUAGCGGCAGUCACUCGCACCCUCCUCUGGGCUGGCGGCACGCUAUUUAAAUGCCGGUGCACGUGGGUAGAGCGGGAGGUUAUGAGUGAAUAGGGAGGUGGUUGCCAUUCGGGCUCAAGUGGGUGUAGCCCUGGAUGAUGUCAAUAUGAACACAUUUCGUGUACUUCUGGAAUAUUGUAGGCACAUGUAGAAUUGCUGUGUGCAUGAUAAUGAGUGGUAUACGACAUGAUGUCAGAAGAAAAUGUAUGGAACUAAACUUAAGUAUUUUUAUUUUAUCAUGUUUUCAGAUGCCUCAAUGUGUAAUUUGAUCCAUAGCUAUUGGGAGGAUUUGUACAGGUUUUGGAAGUUAAGGACAAUCUCGAAGUGAAAUAUCAUACUGACCAUAGAUUUGCUAUUGUUAAGGUACCAUGUUAAAUUAUGUUUAAGGUGUUAAAUUCAAUUUAUAUUGAAUUCUUGGUACAAAACAAAAAAGCAGAAAGUUUGGGGACACUUGUAAUUGGAGUUUUUAAAGUAGAGAUGAGUUAGUGUCGAGUUCCUCGAAUAAAUAGAAAUUCAUUAAUUGAGUGACUUGCCUUCCAAUAUUUUCAAUUUCUAAAUAAACCCUUUUUGCUAUUAGGUCAUAAAACAUUUAAGUUCAACUUCUUAAAGAUUACAUAUUAAAAUAUGAUGCUAUGUAUAAUGGUGAUAGACUGCAAAUAUAAACUAUACCAGUAAAUUCCCCAGAUCAUUCAAACAUCGGAAAUAAACCACAAUAAAAAAAUGUCUACAACUUGCUUAAGCAUGCAGCAAACAAUGCAAUUAAAAACAAAUGAAAUGAAAUGUUAGUAAAUUAACAUUGUUUGUAGUGUUUCAUUUAAAACAUAAUGCAGUAAGUGUAAUCAAUUACAUCUGUUAAUCAGCUGAACUUGCAGUAAUCCUGGAUAACCGUUGUACUACUAAACAAAUCUUAGGAUCAUAAGUAAGCAUUUCUUCUGUUUUCCUUGAGUAAUUUCUUAAUAUUUCUGACAAUUUCAGACCACAGCCAAUUUGGAAUAGCGAUUUUGCCGGAUCAUCAAACGUAAAUGGUUUUAACGGGAAUACCACAUAAAUAUAAAUAUACUGUAAAAUUAUAUUUAAAACAAUUUUUAAUUAGUUGCUCUACAGAAAAAAUACAGAAAAUUGUUACUGUAAAAAAAAUGUUGCAUUUGGGAUUCAUAUCUCUUAUUCAAAAAAUCUUUAUUGAAAUGAAACACUCUGGAAAACAGAGUACUUAAAUGGAAACCGACAGUGAGGAUUAAAUCUGAGCGACUAAUUAAAAAUGUGAACGUGAGCGGCUCAAUUGGUACCGGAUUGCAGAGUGUGCCGUGCCGUAGUGAGCAGCAGGCUUCCUCAGGGAGAUGAGAGUAGAUUGCUGUUGGUUAAUAGCAAGCAGACAACAGUGGACAGGUGCACGUACACCCUUCAGUCUCAGCAGUGCUGAUAACCAGCCGCUGUUGCAGCUGGCUGAUUCUAGCAAGAUUUGUAGCAGUGAAACAUGGGGUAGUUGGUGCAGUCAUAGUACCUUUGCAUGUGGUAAGAAAUUGUGUCGAUUGUGUAUUCCUUCUAAGUUUUAAGGAGAGAACCCUAUUUCUAAAAUCAUGAAUGAAUACAUACAUACAUACAUACAUACAUACAUACAUACAUACAUACAUACAUACAUACAUACAUACAUACAUAAAAGUAAUGAAAUUUUUAAACUAGCUGCUUAUGUUUUGGAGCAAGAAGUAAAUGGGGAUAUUAUUUCCACUUUAACAAUAGUUUUCUGCUAGCUCAUUCAGUUCUUUUGAAGAUCAGUGAAGCAUUAUUAGUUCAUUAUGUUUUUUUACCUUUAUAGUUCUUUGUAUUCAUGGCAAAAAGCAGUAGACAGCUUACAACUGGUCCCAUAUAUAAAUAACCCUGUAAAUCUGUCCAAGAAAGUGCUAAUUGGGUUUACAUUUAAAUGUUUUCUAACUUUAAAAAAUAAAAACCUUUUUAGCACAGUUGGUAUUUUAUAAUAGUGAAAAUAAUUUGUGGUAAUUAAUGCCAAUGGGUGACCAUCAUUCAAUUAUUUGUUCCCUGUGUGGGUCAGCUUUUCAGCUAGUUUUUUAGAGUACAGAGUAUAGGCCAGUAGCGUUAA